CGGAACUACCGUACGGCAAAGUAGAAGGCAAGCACGAAAGAGACUCACCUUCUACACCCGAAAGGAUCUCUCAUGGCCGGAAAAAGUCAUACGUUUCUCCGAACAACCCUGUCAAACUGAACACAACUCGAAACUUUAGAACGAGACGCAACAAUCUCCGCUCUUAGAGUGUUUUUCCGUGAAGUAACCACAGAGUAAUCAUACUGCAAUCAUCACACUCCUUUUCCCACUCUCCCCCGAGAGGGUCUCUCUCUGCCUUUGUGUGCUGCGUUGAUUACUCGUACUGCUGGCCGUCCGAAAGACCAUAGGCGUCGCAUUUUGGUGUUGCGAAGUGUGUCGAUUGGAUUCGAUUCGGAGCCGAUAGACCAUGGCGACCAGUGACAAAUCUUCGGCUCCUCGUUCUCUCGACAAUCACGUAAAGGUCAGUACUGAUUCUACGGAAGAACGCGAGAAAUCUGAAUCGAGUUUUUUCCAAACCGCUGCUGGGUCUGCAAGAUCGAAAGAUCAAGGCGAUGCGACACCCUACGGACAGAAUGAAACACAGAAUUCAGCCAACACCGCAAUAGACACCGCGACCCGACAAGCUCAACCGGGAGCAGCAGGAAUACCUGAAGACGCAUCGGUAGAACCAGGCACGAUGAAAACAGAAGUCAAGGAGAAAGAAUCUGUUGCGCCCGGAGGCCGAAGCGUGGACGAAGGAAUCGAAUCAUUACCUCGAGAACUUCCAAUCGGUACCCAAGAUAGAGACAAGGCAAAGUCCAUGCCGUCAUCUCAAGAACACCAGGCAACUGUUGCGGAGAUGCAUAACACGAAAUCCGACGAAGCGGAAAGUGUGGCAUCAGCACCAGCACCCGUUGUCAACAUGGCUACCCCCCCUGCUCCGCCCAGCGGUGCCGUUGAUAUCAGUCUGGAAAGAAUGGGAUCGGUGGACGAGGCAUCGCACUUGCAGGAAUUGUUGACCAGUCAAAACGUGAAGAAUCAGAUUGUGGAACGAUCACCCGGCGAAAGAUACGUACGAUUUAGUGAAAAACUAGGCAGUGGAGCUUCGAAAGAUGUUUAUAGAGCCUAUGAUACGGAAGAAGGUAUCGAAGUUGCUUGGAAUGUUGUGCAUCUUGCGGGUGUACCCAAGAACGAAAGAAAUCGCAUUGUCAACGAAGUGCGACUGUUGGAAAGAUUGCACCACCAAAAUAUCAUCAGCUUUCAUGGGUCCUGGAUCAAUAGAGAACAGCAACAAGUCAAUUUUGUGACCGAAAUUUUGUCCUCCGGAACACUCAAAUCUUUCAUCAACAAAGUGCAAGUAAUUCGUUGGAAGAUCGCAAAGCGCUGGGCGGUACAGAUAUUGAAAGGUCUUGAAUACUUGCAUUCACAAGAUCCACCAGUGAUCCAUCGUGAUUUGAAAUGCGAGAAUAUUUUUAUAAAUGGUACAAGUGGUGAUCUACGAAUCGGAGAUCUAGGACUGAGCACUGUCCAUCGAAACGGGAAGGCGCUGAGUGUUCUUGGGACACCGGAAUUCAUGGCACCAGAUAUGUAUGAAGAAGGUUCGUAUGACGAAAAAGUUGACAUCUACGCGUUCGGAAUGUGUCUACUAGAGAUUUUUACAAAAGAAAUACCCUACAAGGAAUGCACGAAUCCAGCUCAAAUAUACAAGAAGGUUACGCGAGGUGCACCGCCGGAUUCUUUGGGUCGGCUGAAAAGCACACACGCAAGAAAGUUCAUCGAAUUGUGUCUUGGAUACAGAACUGAUGAUGGGAAGUACGUGCGACCGAGUGCAAAGGAACUUAUUGAUCAUCCUUUCUUAGUCAAAAGGGCUGUCGAUGACGAAGAGGUUGAAGUUGAUCCACCUAUAAAUGAGCAGACUAUUCUCGAGACGGUCACGAGAAGUAGCGAAAGAUCAACGGAAUCGAAGGUUGCGAAUGCAAAUACAACGACAUCUACUAACCCAUCGCAGUCGCAGAGCUCUUUGACACCUAGCAAAGGCUCUUCUCCAGCGAUGAGACAUUUGCGUCAGAAUUCCAUGGAGGAAGAAGAAUCGGAUAGAUUUGAAGAAAUGCCCGACAGUGAGGUGAAUAACAUGAAGAAAGUUAAGGUGAUGAUGGGUCGUGGAGAAGAACUGAAAGAAGAUGACGGCGUUGUUGAAGCCGAUUCUGAUAAUAAGAAACAGAGCACAAUGGACGUGAACUCUUCGGUAGAGGUUGGUAGCAUAUCAUCGUUGCAAAAUUUGCAACACAGCACCGAUGCGAAUGGGAAAAAGCUUCAUUAUCUGGUAGCAGCUGCUGUUAUUGAGGAGAACGAGCAAAACAACUCUUUUCAACAGCAGCCACCGUAUCAUGAUGAUAUCUUGAAGCUUGUGAUUACUCUUCCCGUUGAAGGUGAAACCCAAAAUGUACAAUUUGAUUUCGAUCUCGUUGAAGACGAUCCAAUUCAAGUCGCUAAAGAAAUGGUUGCUGAACUCAAUAUUCCCGAAGAAGCUGUCUUGGAAGUAAGUGAGACAGUCUCUGGGCUCGCCCGUGUCGCGAGGACAAAGAAGCACAAGUUUCAUUCGGCAAAGGCUCAACAAACUCCUGGUCAUACAAGAGGCAACUCGAUCAUUAGUACUAUAUCGACUUCAACUUCACAACCGCCUCAAAUUGGGCAAACCGCUGUGGCCCAACAACAGCAACACAUGGGGCAGACUAUGAUGCAAUCCGCAAGCCAGCAGCAGACAAUGCAAGACUACCUACCUUCGCAGCAACAACAAAUGCAGCAACCUUCAGCUCAUCCGAUUCAACAGCAAAGUUUGACACGUCAAGAUCAAUCAGUUGCCAUGCAUGGGCAACAGAUAGUUGACAAUACUUCAAUCCCUCCUCAGAUGCAACAUAUUCAGCAACAACGCGCUAGGACACAAACUAAUGAUGCAGAGUCUCUGCACCAAGCUCCUGUUCCAUAUGUGCAGGGUGGAAUGGAAAUAAAUCCUCAAAUGGAGGCACCGAACCAUAGGCAUAAUCAUCAGCAUCAGCAUCAGCAGGCACAAAUGAAUGGAAAAUACCACCAUCAAGGGCAUGUUUCGUCUGAAGCGAAACACCCCCUGGCACCGUAUGGUCAAUCUCCUCUACCUCCGCCUAUCCCCUCACUACCAACACAGAGUACUUCUUCUCAAAGCAGUCGUUCUCAAGUAACUCAGCAACGGUUGUCGCAGCAAACUCAUGGGACCCACGAUUCUCAAUCAAACCCAUCAGGAGCUACUUAUCCACCAGCAGCGCCUAGUCAGAGACAGCCUCAAGCCGUUCAAUAUCCCCCGAACAUAGUUCAGCAACCAUCUGCCCAUGUGGCACAACAAGUAGGUUCUGGGCAGCAAACUUUGCCUUCCAGUCUGCAACAGCCUCAGCAUAUUCAAAACCAACAAAUUCAUGGUGGUUCUCAGGGCCUGGGUCAAGGAUAUCCUCAACAUCAGCAGCUGCAACCUUCCAUGCAACGGACACAAAGUUUUCCGAAGCAGCAGCAACCGCAAAUGGUGCAGCAGCCUGGACAACAGUCAAUUCAACAACCAGUUCAACAGAUGCAAAAUAUUCCCCAGCAACAGCAUUUGCAAAAUGAUGUUCAACGUCCACAGACACUGCAGCUCCAAAUGAAUCACCAGACUUCCACGACGCAGCAGCAGCCGGUAACGAAACCGCAGCAUCUCAUGCAGCAAGGCUUACCGCAACAGAUGGAUCCCCAUCAGCAGCAGCAGCAGCAGCAGCCUGCAACGCAUUCUAGUCAUGCGCUAAACCCGCAGCCAAAUCGAUCUAACGCUCACAUGGCAGAAUACCAGGUACCCUCAAAUCAGGGACCACCUCAGGGACAACGUAUUUCAACGGGUCCUGAUUCUAUAAAUGUGCCAAUUCCUCACGUCCCGGCUGUUCAGAAACCUGAAUCUCGCAAACUUAGGAGUCAAGGCAUAGUAGCAACUACUGGCCCUUCGACGACGACCAAAAGUAAAGGAAUGUCAGCUUCGCUAGCACAUCAUCAAAGGGGUAACAGCCAAGGUGAAAUUGUUGGAGUCCUUGAAGGGCUAUCCAUCGACACCAGCCUCGAAUACGAGCCUACUGAUGAAGUGUGUGCUGCCGAGUUACGCAAGUUGGACCAAGAUUUCCAAAACAAUCUCAAACGCGCCAAAAAGGUCUUUGCAGGUCGAAUGGACAAUCUGCAGCGAACCCAAGUUCAGCGUGAAGCUCAACACCAAAAGACACUCGAGCAGCAUAAAAAAGAUCGAACGGCUUUCGAAAAGAGGCUUCAGCAAGAAGCGAUUGAACAGAAUCGAAGGAUAGAACUAAUGCAACAAGAAUGGGAUAGAAAAAGAGAAGAAGUUCGAUUGAAGGAUAAGACAUGAAUUAUUGAUGCAGGAUUCAGGUUGGUAGUACGCAGUGGAAUCAUCUACUCGUGUAACAAACAGAGCUAACUUGAUAAAGCUUUAUGAAUUCUAUUCUGCAUCUCUGGAUCUCGGAAACAUCCCUAAUGUAAAAGUAUUCAGCGCUAUUAUAACAGUU